UGGGCGGGGCUGGUGGACACUUCUCUGUGCAUUGUCAGCAGUGUAUGCUGGGCAGAAGCUCUUCUCUCAUUCUCGCUGGUGGACUACUACAGUCCUCCCCUCCCCUUACUGCAGUAGUGGUCAGUACAGUGUCUCUCAUCCUCUGCCUUGCUUGAGUGUGGUUGGGAUAUAUGGAGUGGUACAACGGAGGUGUGGUCAAGGCCAUUGGACUAUGUCGUCAGAACCAGUCCUUAUUUGUGGUCUACGUGUAUGAUGAUACUCCUGCCAGUGCAGCGACCAAUCAGGAGUGGGAGAGCAGUCAGGUAACUGAUCUGUUGUCUGCUCGGAAAUGUGUCGCCCUCAAACUUCUCAAGGAAUCUCUCGAGUGUCGUCAAUUCUCUCAACUCUUCCCAGUGUUUGUGUAUCCGAGUGUGUUCUGUAUUGGGGCUACAGGGGAAGUGCUGGUCACCAUGAGUGGAGGGCAGUCUGCACAACAGUUGGUCAAUAAACUAACAGAAGGUUUCUCGAAAUUGGAGGAUGGUCUCUCUGCGGCGCUACCUCAGCAAGGGGGCCCCCCACCCCUCACUGUGACCACACCCACUGCCGCGGCUGAUGAACCUGAUAGCAGACAGCAACCAAGCCUGGACGAGAAGGUUCAAAGGGCAAAGGAACUCGUUAAACAAAGGAGAGCUGAGAAAGAAGAGAAACAGUCGGAGAAAGGAAAGAGUGAGGAGAUUCAGAGAAGAGAGGCUGGGAGAGAAAUGACCAAAGUCAAGGAGAAACAUGAGGAGCGAGCGACACAGGAGUGGAUCCAGGAACGGCGUCGUCAGAAGGAGGAGACAAAGAAAGCAAGAGAAGAAGUGAAGGCAAAGCUGGAUCAGGACAGGAGAGAGAGGGAAUCUCGUGCUGCUUCCCAACGAGAACGCAGUGUCCCCUCCAUUGUACCCACCGUCAUGUCGUCUAUUAGUGCCUCCUCUGGGACGUGUCGUAUCCAGCUCAAGUUGCCUGGUGGUGGUAGUACUGUUGUCGAGUUAGAGAGGUCUGCACGGCUGGCCGAACUACGACAGAGGGUUGCUAAGGAAGUGGGUGUGGCUGUUGAGAGUAUCACUAUGACGAGCAUGUACCCUCGUCAGGAGCUGAGGGGAGAGCUGGACGAUCAAACGCUGAGUCAGCUCCACUUAGUGCCCUCAGCCGUAGUGCUAGUCAGGGUCAGUAAGGGUUUUGUGUCCUCGCUCAAGAGUGAGGGAGGGGGCGGUGUGGGCGGUGGUGUGGGAGGUGUGAUUAGUUACAUCUUUCAACUCCUCCUCUGGUUCAUCACAUUCAUCAAAAACGCUAUUGCGGGGCUAUUUAGAGGGGGUGUGGCACCUCGAGAGGAGGCCUCCGAGGACAGCCAGCUACCAGACGUCAGGAGAGAAAGGCUGGCGGCCUUGGAUGGGCAUGGCAGUGGGAGUGGCCAGGAGGCGGGGCCUCGAUUAAGACGCUUCAGACAAGAGGAUUAUCAAAAUGAUGACGAUAGCGACGAAGACAAAAAACAAACGUACAAUGGAAACUCUACUCAACAACAAUGAUUAGCCGUAGUAGAUGCUGUGCAUGGUGUUGUGCAUGAUUGUAACUGUUGGACAUUUGUCGUUUAUUGUUUAUUUGCAGUUUACAUGGUGUCUUUAAUUAUCUAAUUAUCUCUGACCUAUAUACUAUUGCAUCCUCACA